AUGUUCAAGUCGCUUCUCCUGCUGGCGCUCCAGCUCCAGCCUACAAUCCAGGCCCCUCUCGAGCCACUUGGAAUUGUUACUCGUGAUGCGCUGCCAGUCAGAACCAUAGCAGGUGUUACAGUUGUUGACACCCCAAUCGUUCGUGCUGCGCAUGACUUUUCACGCCGCCAUUCCUCCGACUGGGUUUACAGACAUGUGAUGCGUACUUGGCUUUACGGUGCUCUCAUUAUAAACCACAACACGACUCUGAAGAAGUCUGUGGAUCUCGAAGUCCAUGCCGUCGCGGUCCUACUGCACGACCUCGGGUGGGAUCAGACACCAAACUCGACUCUCAUUAGCACUGAUAAGAGAUUCGAGGUAGACGGAGCAGUUGCCGCCCGGGAAUUCAUCAGAAGCAACAAGCAUGGAAGGAACUGGGAGGAAAUAAGAGUUCAGCACGUCUGGGAUGCCAUCGCGCUCCAUACACAGCCUGGGUUAUAUGACUACAAAGAGCCCGAUGUCAAAGUCACGGGCACUGGUAUCUCCGCCGAUUUCCAUGGACCAAGCAGCGGCAUAACGCAGCCUGAAUACGAUGCUAUUGUACAGGAGUUUCCAAACGCGGAUCUCAUUCCUGGGACAAAUAAUACAAUCGUUUGGCUCUGCCAGACCAAGCCUAACACGACAGUUGAUACCUGGCAGCAAGCAUGGGGAGAGCACUACGUGGAGAAUUAUCCACCCAAGGGUGUCUCUACUUGGGACCAGUUGUCCCAUUGA